CACCCAAUGGAAAUUACAGCUAUGGCAUGUACAUGCUUAGCUUCUAAAGUCGAAGAAUCGCCUAGGCGUAUUCGAGAUGUUAUCAAUGUUUUUCAUCAUAUUCGCCAAGUUUUAAACCAAAAAUACUUUCCACAGCUGACCGCCGGGUGAGUUGCCCUCGGUUUGAAUUGUGGAGAGGAAAGCGAACGUGGUGGAAUCACGUUGAAAUUGAUGAUCAACACGUCAAGAACACUGGACCUCUUAAAAAAAAAAAAAAAAAUGUUAAAAAUAAAUUAUUACGUGGUUAAUACAAAUAAGCUAUGUUAAAAGCUUUCCCUCCAAUAAGAGUGUUAGGGUCUGUGACAAAAAUAAGAAAUUAAAUAGUAUGUCAAAUUAAGAGGUAUAGUAUAAAAAUCAAUGUGCAUAGCAAUAUUAUGUACUCUAAUUUAGUGAUUGUACUUAACCAUGAAAGUUUUGUAUCAAGCGAUCACAGAAUUUACAGACAAUUGGUUACUGUUAUAUGCAUAAUGGCAAACACCGGAAUCAAGAUAGCAAAGUGUGUGAACAUAUCAUUUACAACACCUCGUAGCUUUACUACAUCAUCAAGGUCAAUAUUUAGUGUUAUAAACAGUAUACAACACGGACAAUCAUUUUCUAAAUUAAUUACGCCACUAGUACUCGACCAGAACUACGUUCAAAAAAAGACGCAGGUAAUAAAAGCAGAACGACGUGUGCUCAAGGAGCUUGGUUUUUGUGUUCAUGUAAAACACCCGCAUAAACUCAUUGUCAUGUAUCUACAGGCCCUGGGAUUUGAAAAACAUCAAUCAUUAAUGCAGAUGUCCUGGAACUAUAUGAAUGAUUCAUUGCAAACUGAUGUAUUUGUUCAGUAUGAUCCUGAAACUAUUGCUUGUGCCUGUAUAUAUUUAUCAGCCAGAAAAUUACAAAUACCCUUACCAAAAAAUCCAGCAUGGUAUUCUUUGUUUAAUGCAACUGAACCUGACAUCCAGGACAUCUGUCGCAAAAUACUCAAGUUAUACUUAAGACAAAAAGUCAUUACUGAAGACUUAGAAAGAAAAGUAGAGGCAUUGAAAAAAGAAUAUGAUCAAGCGAAAGAGAAGGAAAAAGCUAAAGCAGCAGCAUUAGUACAAACUGCAAAAGUUCAGCCUGAAAUUGUUCCACCUCCAACCAAUGGUGUAGUUGUCGCUAGUACAGAAAAUAAUGGCCCAACAACUCUUAAUAACAAAAAACAAAUAACAAAAAGAAGUAGAAGUAGAACACCUUCAGAAUCAAAAUCAAGAAGUAGAAGCCCUAGACACCCUAAAAAACAAAAAAAGCGCAAUCAUGAACGAUCUCGAUCUAAGUCUACGUCAGAUAGACGAUCCCAUAAACACCAAAGAAAAUCACAAAAGAGUCAUAAACGAUAUUCAAGUUCAUCAUCUGGAUCUUCAAGUUCUUCUGGGGGAUAUCGUCGUCAUAAAUCUUCUAAUCACAAAUUAGUUCCCACGUACCGAGAUUACAAAGAUUAUAAGGACUACAGGGAUUAUCGUGGUGAUGAAAACUAUAAAUCAAAAUCCAGAAGUUAUAAUUACUGGAAAAAAUAUUACAGUUACGAAUAAGUAUUUCACCUACGCUUCUGCCUAGUUCAAAUUUAAAAUAUACCUAAGUAUAUUUUGUUACAUAAUAUAAUACGUCGCUCAUUAUGUACUUUAAACCUGGUGCAUUUUUUUUAUAUUUUAUUUACUAUUUAC